UGCUUUCCUCGCAUUCCUGUUUUGGCAGAAUAGAGAGGCGAAGCUGUUGGCAACACGACUAAUGUUUAUGCUUUGAGGGUUGUGUGUGUUUUGUUGUAGUAGUGUAUAACGCUGUUAAGUUUAUUCCCACCUUAUUGCGUAGAAGAUUAAGAUCUUUACGUCGUUUUGCCGGAUGCCAGAAAGAGAAGCGAAGGUUUCUAUUCUAGGAAAAGUUGCUUGGAUUCAGAGCAGUCGUCCAUCCUAGCGUUUCUGCUAAUGCUGCCUUGAUGCGUUUGUAUAGAUGGAUGUCCUCCCUAGUUUUCGCGAAUUGUUUGCAGUUGUGGUUCUUUUUGGUGCAAUACGUGGGUCCUCCGAGUCGGAAGGUAAAGAGCUCGUAAUAACCGUCCCGUCUGGCAAGGUAGCGCGGCGAGUUGAUGAUGACCUGAACCUUACCUGCAAAGUCGCCUCUGAUGAAAGGUUCCAUAUAACAUGGGUUACUCUCCAGGACAAGAUGCGCCAGGCGCAUCGAAUCAAGAUAGAGUCUGAACAUUUCAACGAAAAGACAGUGACCAUCUAUCAUCUGGAGGAAUCCGACACCGGGUGGUACACAUGCGUCGCUCGCCACCACGAUUCAAAUGUUAACCGAGUGUUCAACAGAACGGUCUAUGUGUCCGUGUCAACUUACGCAUCAUCUGGCAGGCGGCCUUGCUACAACCAGUCCUUUGUGUGUGGCAAUGGGUACUGCAUUCCGAAACGAUAUGCCUGUGACGGUCACGUCGACUGCCAUGACAGUUCUGAUGAAGCACCCAAGCACUGCGGGCCUGACCCCUGCGAGGACAAGGUGCUCUGUGAAGACGGCCGCUGUCUGCCACGCUCUCUAUGCUGCGACCCUGCUACACAACCGGACUGCCGAGUCACCUAUGUGCUCCCUUGCUGCAAAAAGUACCUGGCCAGUAUAGCCAACACUACAACAUCGCUGGUAGGGGUGCUGGCACGCCCCCCACACCAGCGGGUGGGUGCCAGCGUGGAAUACCUGCAGUCGUCGGUGUACACUGUGGUCAGUUGCGCGGUGGUCUUCAUCCUGGUUGCCACAGUCAUGGUGGCGGCCAUCUGCCGCAUACACAUGCGCCGUGCGGUCAUGGCAAGCCCCUUCCCUUUUGUCAGUAGCCACGCUGACCACCGUUGUCUUCCCUGGUGUCGGCCGCUGCAUCACCCAGUCACCACGACAGGGAUGAGCUUUGGUGAAGGGGCCCCCGCAUCAUGCACACACCUUGCGGGAGCUGACCUUCGGACGGUGACAUGCGCCCAUGGCAGCUACGUGGUCGCCACAUACAGCAGCAGUGGUACACCAGGCGGCCGGCCCAAGCUGCACUUUCUCCAGCAGCUUCCCAAGCCUCCCGAGUACUCGCCACUCGCGCAAGGCCCACCACCACCCUACCAGAGCACCGAGCAGCUCGCCACUGCUGGCAGCAAGGAGUCUUCCACUGGGACACAGGCAACAUCCGUGGCCAACACUUCGGGCGUCACAACGCGUGGCUCAUCUGCCACCCACCCGUGGCCGUGCCACUUGUGGCCGAGGGACGAGUCGCCACCACCAUGCUUCUCCUCCCUGCAAGACUUGAGCGAAUGCGAAGCCCAGUGUCUGUUGCCGGCGUUUGAGGAAGCUGUGGCAUCCAACGACCGCUAUGAUGCAGAUGUUGCUGGUUUCCACAGAGCACCUUUCCGUGACGACCCUGCAUUUGCCGGUGAACAGGUGGAGCCUCUGUCAGGUUCCUCCUCUGACUGCACUCUAGCCGCUGGCGGCAGGAGCAGUAGCAGGCUUCCGGAAACAUCCAACAGUCCCACCAUGGGUACACACUUGCAUGAUGAACCAUUUUAUAGUGUACCAGCAUUUGUCAGUAGAUUGGAAAGUUUGGCUGUUUCCGAUUGCCAGGCGCCCUCUUUCGGCGACACAGGUGGUGGUAAUGCAUGUCAAGAAUCUGUGAAUGUUGAGCGGAGGGCAUCCACUUGAUGUUGAGGUUUGAGAAAGGAAAAGUGAUGAUUGUGGCUAUCUGGGAACGCAUUUUAAUGCUGGCACAGUAGCCUGUGCGAGCCUAUAGAAGCCUGUUUUCUUGGGAGGUCCCGUUUUGCUAGUUUUUGUCAAUGCCCAGAAAUUGCAUGUUCUGUGCCUUGUGCAGGCAGUUUGCCGUGAACAUCAGGCAAAGUUGAAUGUUAAUGCGCAUCAGAGAUGCAUCAACACUUGACGAUGCUUUGGUCUCUAACAGAGCACAUGCUGAAGCAGACCUUGUUGCACCAGAAACAAUAGUGCUGUGUUUGUAGAGAGCCUGUAAAUAAAGCUGAUUCACAGCUGCAAAUGAAUGCAGUCUCAGAGGUUUUAGAAAGCUAUUAGUGGCUUAAGUUCUGCUGAAGAAUGCAAACUGGACAGGGUGACGCUUAAUUUGGUGGACACAAGGCGUGACAUGUGGCUCUGUACAGCUCUGAUGCAUCUGUUGGCAUUGAGGCUGUAUGCAAACUUUGCCUGAAGAGUGAGAUUGCAAAGUAUAUUCACUUUUAAGCUAGAUAUGGUACCACGCCAUGGUGUGCUGUGAUUGUUUUGAAAGGUUUCUUGAGUUCCAUUGUUUAUUAUAUAUGCACAUGAAUUGCCUGGUAUACUGAGAGGGGCAAAAAGUGGAAUCCAAAGUGUGCAACAGUUCGAUGCUGUAUAUCAGUAUGGUUAUCUCCUAAGUGCGCUAAGCACAAGGUAGGUUGCAUUAAAAUGGAUCCUAAACGUUCUCAGUAAGCCAUAGGCACGUUAGACCCUUGUACCUCUAGUUAUGUUCACCAGAUCAAUUUGUAGUUGGAUAACAUGCAUGAGUUGUAUGUAGUACAGGAAUUCUUUGAAAUAUUAUGGGGGGCUUUUACUUUAGAAUAGUUACUGUUGCUUGAACUGAAAACUUUUAGUAUUUUAAUAGUCUAUAACUAUGCGGGGUUGCCUCAUGUUUUAAGUAUUGAAGCCUGCAGGCAGCAAGAAAAGUCAAACGCACCAUUGAACGAAAGUUACUCUCUAUUGUUACCUGAGCAGUCUGUAGAAUUGACUAUGUUUCCUUUCAACUCGCUCUUUUUCUUUGCUUUAAGCAUAACUCGUUAUAGUGUUUCUUUUAGCUGUGUUCAGUGCUACUAUAUCAAACUGUGUAUUAUCACUUUUCAACCUGCGUUACUGUGCCAAUUUGGACAUUCCAAAUGUCUAUAACGUAGAAUUCAGGUAAACAUUCUGUUUCUUAACUGCUGUUUGUGAUUUGCAGUUGUGUAUGUGCGGUUUUCUUCAUGGACCUUUGUUUGGUUAUGUGACUUGCUAAUUAUUAUACUGAGGAAUCCCUUUUUAUGGCCAGUUUUGAAGUGUAUGUGAAACAUAUUCUUCUUGUGUAAGAUAUUAACUGUCACUUGAGAUGUGCAUUUAAGCAAGCCACUCAGCUCUCCGCAAUUUUACAUGUUAACUGCUUAGCUCUUAAUACAACAAAAGCAUUUUUUCACUUAAACAGCACAUUCAACGAAAAGGAAUACUGUUGUGCUUGUGUUUUUAGAGCACACAAGGGCUAUUUGCGUCAUCUUUGCAAUACAUGUGGUCUGAAGCAUGGAAGAGAUAGCAUGUGAAGGAAAUCAGAAUAGCAUGGCAGAGCUUGUACGCUUGACCUUUUAGGGGUUCAAGAUUGACCUGCGAACAAGGCAGAAAGUAAUAUGUUGGUUGUUAGCUUGGAAAAUGCUCUACAUAACAAUGCCAACAUCUUUGAGGUGCUGUUCUAAAGGAUAUGUAAUACAACAAUGUAUCUGAAAUUUUAUAUCGUUAUGAUAUGCUCCACCAACUGGCAAAGUAAUAUACUUAAAUCCGCACACUUUCUUACUUACCCAACAAGAAUUUGAGACUGUGGUUAUGCAUUAUGUGCUUACAACAUAAGUUGGAAAACUUGUUAGCUGUGAAUUUGUUUCUAGAUAGAUUUCUAGCCUGGUGACUACCUUACCAAACUGUUGACAAAAAAAGCAUGCUGCUUUUAAAGCUUGGCAUUAGAGAUACUCUUGUACUUUUGUGUGCUGUUUCCUAUGACUGUGCUAGCAACUGGUUUUAAGCGCUAACGGAUGUGGCAAAGCCAGUUUCUUGGUAGCCUUUCGUGAGUAGCGCUAGUAAAAUGAGCUCGGAUGCCAGAAAUCUCGCUACAGCAGGGCCCUUAUAUCUUGCCUAUGACAAAGCGCAGGCCGUUUUCCACUGCUAGCCGUAGCAUUUUGUUUGCCUGUUCUCAAUGCAGUUGCGGGAGGAACUCUUUGUCUGUGACGUGUCUCCAUUUUCCCAUCAAAGUGGGCUCGUUGUGCCGCCACAUAUCAGCUAGCGUACAAAACUCGCAGGAAGUGGCUAGUGUUGGAGAGAGGGACAGAAUGGAAAAACCAUAUGGCUGUGCUCUCCGUAGAUCACAUUCAAGGAAGUCGUUUGCACUGUGUCCCUGUUGACUAGUCGAUGGGUGUGAACGUAGUCAAUGAAAUGAGUAAACAGGUGCACUUCCCAUUAGCUUAGCUCUACUAUCACACACACCACAGAGAGGUACAUUGUUGGAAUAACUGCAGAAAUGCUGGGGCAAUAAUGGGUGCCCUUCUUGGCAUUGAGGCAUUGCGCUGAAUGAAAAAAACAAAAGUGAUUCUUGUAGUAAUUGAUUGAGAGUUAACAGCCUUAUCAAUGAGGGAGGAAAAGAUAUGCGAGGCAACGUCAAAGUGGUGUCGUCGACACACAGGGCAGAGGUGUUUGUGUAACAUCCCACAGCCAACCCCACACUUCCUCUUGCUCACACAUUUUUCACCAGGUAGCCUAAAAGCAGCAAUAUGCUUCUGCCGUGGAGGAAAGAAACGCUUUGUGCCAAAUAUGUUGUGAGAGUGCUGCUUCUUUUUCUGUCCUCUGCCCGUCCAUUGCAUCUGAAAGUACGUUUCGGGACACCAGCACAGAAUGCAUGCUGUGCUGUUGGGGCUUGAGUGCUGCACGUAGCAGAUCUUGUAGGAGGCUCUCCUCUUGGAGGUGUUGUCUUCUCACAAAGCUUGGACCUUUUUCCAAGCUUUGUUAGCACAUGCCAACAUGUGUGCAAAGCUCCUCUGAAGUGGUUCUGAAAGAAAGAGGCACUUAAAUUGUUACCGUGAACAAACUUUGAGUUGCAGCCCUUGCAUACUUCUGGUAAUGUGAUGUUUCUGAGUUAUGGCCAGCACUGCAAACCUGGGAAAUUUCACAGUUGUAAGGACAAGACGGCUUGCUCAGGAGGAAUGUGACUGCUCGCACAAAUUGUACUGUAUCUACGUGCACCAUCAGGCGUUCGUGUUAAUAUACGUGCCAGCUGAGCACAAGUACUGCAACAUACUUCUGAUCAGUGCCGUUUGAUAGUGUGCCCCGCAGGCAGCAUUGGUAGUACCAUGUAGACAAGGCCAUUUUGCAAAACUGAACUCUAGAGGAGAGCCUUCUCGGGCUCUAGCCUCCCCACUUUUUCUGGUUGUGCUUCAAAACAAGUUCAAAGUGGACAACAGUUCAUUACCUUUGAAUGGUGGCAGCACACGGCUCAUGUGCUACCACCUCCAUUCCCUUUAUGGAGGGAAAAAAAAAGAAAGAGGAAGAGCUACACCGCACUGUUAUUUUUUAUGUCAGAGCACAUGCAGAUGGAGCCAUGGUUGUGUCCUUGUUUCCUGGUCAAAUCUGUACUACUGCUGGUAACUUGAUGCUUCACUCGAAAGGGUGUAGGUGUUUGUGCAUGUGAGCAGAUGGCACAUUUGUCAUGCUGCUUGGUGCAUUUGUGUGUAAUAUUCGAGCAGGCAUAUCCCUUUGAACCAGCAUAUCAAGGAUCGCCUUCUGUGUGUGUGCAUGUGUGUGUCUAUGUUAUCACUGGCAAAAGCUCAGACUGAAUUCCUGCCAUACAGCUUGCUUUUACUGGGGCUUGUGCUUUUUGCUCUGCUUGGGAAUGGUGUUGUCUGCAAAGUGCUUUCGUUCAUAAGUCCAGAGAGGUCCAUAGAGCAACAUUGCAACACUCUUCCAAGACAGAGUUUACCUGUCGAUUGCUGGAGUACGUUUGUAAGUACUUGUUGUUGCACCUAUUUGUUGCAUUAUGUAAUGUACUUGCACUACGUCAUCCAGCAUUUCUUUCCCCUCCUUCUUUUUUUUUAAUCUACAAGUUUCAGUUGAAAUGAGUGUUGAUGCUGCGAGCAUGACUCGAGCUGCUGUAGUUCUAUUAGCGUUUGCACUGAAUGUUAGAUGCAGAAGUGCCCACCACCAUUUGUGUAUUUGCUGCUAAGGAUCAUGGUGCAAAGAAAAAAAAACAAACAAUUAAGGAAGGAGCGCUAGAGUGAUUUAAGCUCUUUAAAGGCACCCUGAUGGCACUAACGUGCGAGGUGAUUUCAGAGCAAAAGUGUGUUUAAUGUUAAGAGGCUUAGCUCGUUCUCUAAAGCACUGCAUGACAAUUUGGCUCUGGUGACGCAGGCUGUUCCACAGUGUCUUCAAUAGUCAGAAUAUUUGCGAAAUUGUGAGAGUUAUUAAACAGGUGCACUCACACCGCACAGGAGUGCUAAUGUACUUCGCUACAGCUUUUGUAUCUUGGGCGCAAACUUGCUUUAAUGAAUGCUUGCCCCCAAAAUAUCCCCAUUGGUUUACCUUGUAGGGCAGUGCUUUCUCGGAGUGUACCUGUCAGUGAUAUGUCAUAAGCAAUGAAAGACCACAAUUGUGACGUUAUGGAGGCACUACUUGUGCAGCUUGCAUAAGAAACUAAAUUCUUUCUUGACCAAUAGUGGUCGAGCAACAUCCCUUGAUUGCCCAUGGUUGAUCGCUUCAAAUUUACAUCUCUCUGUGAACCUCAUCUUGCUUAAAUCCUCUUUUGGCUUUUAGUAAAUGGCCUGGUGCAUGUUGCUUUAUGGUCCCUCAAAGGAAUUUUGGAAAACGUGAUUGGGCACUUUCAUUGUUCAAACUUUUGCUGAUUGCAUGUUGUCACUCAUUCCAUUUGCCACUUUGUGUCCUUCCUCAGAGAGGAUGGCCAAAGCUGAGGCAUUGCUGUGCUGCAGGGAGUGUGGCAGGUAGUUGCUCUCUAGGAAGAAAGAUUAUUUGAACCUUGGGGACAUUCAACACUUUUGCAUUUUAGCAGAUUCUUACAGGUCUACUAGAAGCCAGGUUUUCCAGGUGUCAAACUUGAAGAUCAGCCAAAGAGAUUCCAGAAGUAGUCAUGAGACAGCUAUCUUUAAUCCAGGAAUGCAAGUAUAAGAAAGUCAGCAAAUCAAUAGUUUGACAACUUGUUUGGUGGGGUAGUAAAUUCAUGUUAAAAAAAAAAGAAAAAAAGAAAGGACACCGAUUGUGGUUUCCUUUGCUGUUUUCUUCUGGCUUGAAUAACAAAGUCAUGAUUAUAAUGAGGAAAGACUUGUCAAUAUAUAAGGGCAGUUUUUUCUCUGCCUAUGCUGCCAGGUGGUGGUUUGCAGGUCGAUGAUAAUGGCUCAUUGUUUUUUGGCCGACACCAAGCCACAAUAAACCGCCAUGACAACUUCUGCCAAACAAAAGCAAAACAAUGUUUACUUUAACCAGGGGCAUGAUUGGGGAUUGUUGUUUGGAGCUCGUGGCGCAACUGAAUGCGCGCCCCGAACAACGAUCUCCUAUCGCACACCUGUUGUGUGCUUUCAGUAUUCAUUGAGUACUUCUGUGAUAAGCGGCACCAACUUGAGAUGUAACAGAAGAAAAAAAAAUACAACAAAAAAUACAACAAAAAAGACAAUUGAACCUUGUUAUAACAAAUUGCAUAUGACUUGAAGAUAUAUUUGUUAUAUCUGAUGUUUGUUAUAAGCAUACAUUUGUUAUACAUGAAUAUCUCCAAGAAGAGUUCAGGUUAACUUUGUUACAUGGGAUAAUUUGUUAUGGCUCUGUUCACUAUAUUGAGGUUAGACUAAUAACCAUCAUUGAUAUCACAUAGACAACACAAGUAGAAGCACACGUCGUGUCCACUUCUACUUCUGUUGUUCCUUUGUAUUAAGCGCAGUACCCCCCUUUCUGACAGAUGGACUAGCACACCGUGGUGUAAAAGUUAAAUACAGGGAUAAAGUGCCUCAGAAAAGCUGGCAAGUCUUUCGAUAGGAGGCCUUUGAUGAAAAUACGUCCUCCUCUCAAAACAUUGGCCAGCCUUUCUGAGGCACUUUAUCCCUGUUUUUUAACUUUUAUACCACAAUAGACAUAAUGAUAGUAGCAUGUAGGAAACAUAUGCUUAUAACAGAUAUCAAAUAUAAUGCAUAUUGGAGGUAUUCUCAUGUCAGAUGCGAAUUUGUUUUAAGAAGUACCAGUGCAGCCGGGAAUUUGGUAGCAGAACACCCACGAAGUACUCAUUGUGUCAUCAUGUAGGCAAAGCUGCCAAUGUGCCGCAAGAGCUAUGAGCCAGUGCACCUGAAUUCCAGCUCUGGUCAGAUUACACUGCAGCGUUGCUUCUUCUUAGUGCCUUGCUGCUGUUGCAAGCACUUUUCUUUUUUCAUUCUUGCAAAUAGCGCAGCCUCCAAGCCUAGCACUUGAGCACAGAUCCUUGUGAUGCGGGCUGCCACACAAUUAUGCAAUGUACAUGCACCCACAUGAUGUACGUUUUCUCAAUUGCCAAUAUCGUAUUUUCACUAUAGUGUUGUUGUUCUGGCUGUGGCCAAGGUCAUUUGUGUGACGGUGUGGCGACUUGUAGUCGUGGAAGACUUUUCUGAGCCCCCCCCCCCCCUUCAGUGCCAAAGUGUUUAACCCUCAUUCUAGCUGUUCUUGGAGUUGCACAGUAGCUCUUACUCACUGUAGGUUAGCAUAGUGUUGCUCUUGGCAUUUGCCACUCAAGCAUGCUGCUUGCUGCUGCGUUUUCUAACCAGGCAACAGCAUUGACUGCUCAUCACAAAGGUUGUUGCUCUUUGAAUAUAAAAUUGAGGACACCUGAAGAUCGUUGCUAUUUGUAGCCGCACCCACGGUGGAUCUAAUGAAGUUUUUGUUCCUAUUUAAUGUCCUUUGUUAAGCUGGCAUCAUCACUGGCAGUCUCAAUUAAUGAGCUAGUUCCCAAUAAAAGCGCAAUGUUUAAACUGGGUUGUCCCUUGUUAAAGUGAACAAAGUAGCGUCAUUUGCUGAAUGGCAUUGCAGUUGUGAUGAAUUAGGAAAUAAUAGUUCAGAUAAAAUGUGCUUUGUCACUGUGAGCAGGGAAAUGCAAUACCAUUUGUACAUUUAUUAAACAUCUAGUGCAUGUUAAUAAUAGUGUUCAUAUCUAUAUGGAAACAGAAGAUUGAAAGCAAAGUGUGCAAGUGCUUGAUGUUUCCAUCUCCCAAUAAACAUUAACAAGGUAUUAUGGCAGUCAUGCACAUAUACAGCCAUCGGAACAAAAGUGUGCAAAAUUGUACGAUCGUGUAGACUGUUGGUAAAGAAUUGUAUAUCGAUAGCGUUGUACUUUUAGUGCUAAGAAAGCAGUGGCAAGAAUACUGUCUUCCUCCGUGGGUGCGGAAUGUUUAGCAUUCAGUUCAUGAUCACGCUAGAGUAUUUCAUUUGUACCUGUAAGCCGUUAGCCACACUAAAAUGCCCUUGCAGCUUAUUGUGGAGCAGCUGCUGUGGCUUUAAGUGUGGAAGGCUCAGUUUUACUAUCGGUACACAGUGUCCUUGACCGUAUUGGCUGCUUGAUCUAGGAUGCUCCAGAGUUAUUUUUCAUCUUGCCCUUUGCACUGGGGCAGUUCACAGCGAAGAGUUUAUAGUUCCUUCUAGUGCCUCAGAGCCAAGCACCAGCCGGUGCAGCCACUUUGCAGCGAUCGAGCCAUCCUGAUGUCCAAGUGCUCAAAACUGUCGUCAGUUGUUGUCCUCCCCACCAUUUGUUUGUGCAGUGUCCUAGUGCAGUCGUCAUGUCAUCUGAAGAACUACCUCCCCAUUGUUAAAUUAUCUUUAUUCACUGAAUGUACUGGGCUUCUGGAUGGCCUAGUGUUGGCCAGCAUUUGUAUCCUAAUUAAGCAUGGUCAAAAGUUUAUUUUCUCUUGUAACACCUAUGCUAAUGCAGGGCUCGGUACACUUUCUGCACAGCUGCGUCAGAAGGCUAAUCAGUGUAGCAAUGUGUACUGUGCAGGCUGUGAGAAGAGUAGAAGCUCUCUUUCUGAGGCAUGUCACUAGGUGUUGCCAAACGCAGUGAAUCUAGAUAUUAUCGGCAAAUGUCCUUUCGAUGUUCCCUUUUCUCGAAGCCCUUGCCAAUCGGGUCACCUAUGAUGCUUCCUUUGCAAGCAUCACUGUGUGUGUUCUUCAUGAGUGAGUGUGACGGCUGCAUUGCCCAACUUGUUUGUAUGUCAGCCACUUGUUACUCCCGUCAACACCCACUGUCGUCUGGAACUUCUCUGUAAGCUUCCAGACAUGGCGUUACACCACAGUUCCUUUUGAGUGACCUGAACUUUUUUUUUUCUUUUUCAAACAAUGCAGCGUUUUCUGCUGACAGCUCAUUUUGCAUUGUUUGCUGAUGUUUAAACGUGGGGCUUGCUAUCUGCCCUAACAUACGCAGCGUAGCAUCAUAGAGCUUCUCGCUGUUUCUCAUAUGAGUAACGUUGGUAAAACGUGUGACAUGGCACCUGUUAGACCUGCUGCCUCAAGCACUGCUCACCCUGUGUUGUGUGUGUGAGUGUGUGUGUUGCGAUUUGUGCCUGCUUGGGAAACUUGUCAUGCGAUACCUUCUUCUUUCUUGUGCCCUUCAGGCAUACUCCUGGAAAAAAUGUUAUGAAGGCUUUCGCACUCUUGUUUCUCGCUGUUAUAGGCAUACUUUCUGUGGCAAGAGCAAUCCGUCGCAUGAAUGCUCAUGGCACAGACUUUUGUAGCAACAUCUUGUGGCUAGCGAUGCACAUCCCAGCUGUCUGCAGUCGGUGACAACCUAAGAACCAAAUGGCAAAAACACCGUUGUUCAACUCGAAAGAAAUUUGUAUAGAUGUGCCAGCUAAUUACUUCCACUCACUUCUGUGACAUCACGGUGGAGAUUAACUUCAUUCAUUGGCAACGUCUGGCGACUAUGUUUUUAUGGGCGAAGCUUCUACUGGUUUCUUGGGUUGUCACCAAGUAUAGGUUUGUGCAUAAUACCUGCCGUAGCGGCUCUCUCUCACUUGUUGAUCUGUACGGUAAGAUACGGAAAGGAUCAGUGUUUGAGCUGUUGCAACACGUGGAGCCGUUUAUAUUAGGAAUUUCAUGGGAACUGCAAGGUGGUGUCCUGCCUUGCAAGAAAGCUGGCGUGCAAAACUUUGCUGGUGUGAUCUGUUUUCCAAAGUGCUACAGCUGACACAGUUUGUAUAUGUAAUUUUAUUAAGUAAAUGGCAAAACAAAACAGCAACCACCUUCCACCAUAACAAUCAGAAUUGUCACGCUGUCGCAACAGUCACUGUGUGACGAUGUUGGUCACAUUGUCAACAAAUAGCGUCCAGAAAGUUCUGCAAGCGAGCAUGACCACAAGGAAGGACACAAACUUUGCUUGCACUAUGACCUGCAGCAACACUGGUAGAAUUUUGAAUGCGUCAAUGCCAUGUACUUCAAGCUCAGUAACUUCUGCCUGUUGCGGAAUUAUGCGUUCGCUGGUAAAAUCAAAGUAUUUAUGUGCACUACUUCACUGUGUCUACACAAUGUAGCCAGUUGCGCGUUUGGCCCCUUCAGUCAUGUGGUUUCUUUGUAGUAAAUGGGCGCCUUUGUAAACCAUUUGCAUCCAGUGAAUCAACUUCACCUCUUUGCUCAUGCACUGUACAGUGAAGUUUUAAUGUGCUGUUGGGCUGUGUACCUUAUUGAUUGUGCGCGAGUCAGUCGCUGAGGCCUUUUCUUUUAGAAUUAAUAUUAUUCUGCCAAGAAACGUGCAAUGGAAACACUGGAUUAGUGCAAAUAAGUGUCCUCGAAUACUGCGCUUAUAGUAGCAUAGGUUGACGGCACGGUUGUCCCACUGGAGCAACUUCCAUAUCUUCUAAGGCUCAUCUGGAAAGGGGAGUUAGACUUAAAAAAAAAGGCAUACAGUACUGCUGUGCCAUUGGUGCUUCGACAUAGUGGCCGUACAGUUACAUCAGUGGCACGGCACAACACAUGACCAGUCGGUUAGAACAGUACGCACAACUGUUUGCAAACACUAAUGCGCAUUCGUGUUAAAUUUAGUUUUUUGUGCUUUUCCGACCGUAUGAGUCAUCCAGAUGUAACAUUGAAAGGUAUGCUGUACCUGUCAUGAGCCUGUUGCUCUUCGUUCUUGUCACUGUUGUCAACGAACUUUGUGUUAGCGUUUCAAAGCAGCAGUUAUUCAAGUGUGAAUACUUAAAUGCAAUUGGUUACCUCGCUGCAACAUAUCCACUUAUGGUGCACAUGCUGUACUCUCACCUGAGGCCCUUUUUCGUUUUGUCGUGGAUAUUGUACGUGCGUUGUGCAUUGUCAUUGAUCUGCUGUGGUGUACUUUCAGCGGAUUAUCACCCAGAAUUAUUCGUGGCGCCUUGUGCAUGCCGUGAUUGUUGCGUCACAUAGUCUAAAAUAUUGAUGGAAAAUUUGAGGGCUGAGCCUUCCUGCAUUUCUAAUCAGAUUGCACGAGAGAAUGGUGCGGUAACGUAUGCAUUUCAAAGCAGUUCGCGUCGUUCGCCGCACGGGUAGACGAGACUUUGCUCCAGCACGAUUGGUAUGCAUUCGGCGAUGAGGUGGCGCUACUAUCACUUGGUUCAGCGCAACCGUUCUGGGUGUAAAAACAUAUUCGCCUUUCUUUCUGGGCGGUGCCGUCCUAAGCAAGAAAUGUGUUCCAGAGCUUUUAGCUCCGCUCUGCGCGAGGCAAAAGACUAGCAUCGUCGGCUGGUCGAGGACUCCAUCCAUUCCUGUUGUGUUGUCUCGUGUCCGUAAACAUUGUUUGUUUCUGUCUAUCUAUGCGUCUCGCACGCCUUGGUGGGCUCGAUCGCUGCUGAGCCUCACAUACAUUAUAUAUACAUGGAACAUCUGCUGCAACGACAACUAAUAAACUAUAUAUAUCUAUAUCGAUGCUGAAA